UCUCCAGCGGAGCAGAGUGGGAAUGAGCCACGGAUAAGUAGCCCACGGCAGACCCAAGUACCUGGACUAAGGAGACGGUAACGGACACUACUGCCGGUAAAGUCAGCGUGGACAUACGGAGAGAGCUGGGGUUCCGUGGAAAAAAGAAAGAAAAGCUGUAAAAAGUGACUUGAAAGCAUUUAUGAGUGGAAGCGACACGCGAGUGGGACCGAAGCAGAUGUAAGAUGACAUCGAUAAAGGAGGAUUAAACUGCGUGGAUUUGAAGAAAAUGUCCAAAACAACAUCUGUAAGGAGUAAGGAGACACUUAGAACAGGAAUGGCUUGAUUUUUUUUAACCCACUGGAGACCGUGGGACAGCUCUGCCACUCAUGUUCCUGUGGAAGAGACGCAAAGUUUGAAGUCCACUUUUUUUUUUUUUUUUUUUUUUUUUUUGUGCUGCCAUAACUGUUUGUCAGAGCCAAACAUAAGAGGCUCACCAUGUCCAAACCCGUGGUGAAGAAAAACCACUGGACCUCCAGAGUCAAUGAGUGUGUAGUGGGUAAAGAUGCCCACGGUGACCUGAAUGUGCCACUGAGAGGAGGAGCGGAAAACGGGGAGUUCGCCUACAUAGGACCGGUGAACGACGAUGGAGUGGUUUGUAAAAAUGGAAAAUUAAAUGAAGGGGAACUGCUGCUGGAGGUGGAGAACCUGUCCAUUUCAGGAUUACCCCUGUAUGAUGUGUUCACGGUCAUCAAGAACUGCAAAGGACCAGUCAGGCUGAAAACUGUCAGACAAGGAAACAAGCUGAACAAGGACUUGAAACACUACCUAAGCCAGCGCUUCCAGAAGUCCUCGCCGGACCACGAACUGCAGCAGACCAUCCGAGACAACCUCUACCGCCACGCUGUGCCUUGUACAACCCGCUCCCCACGUGAAGGAGAAGUUCCUGGCGUGGACUACAGUUUCCUCUCAGUGGAGGACUUCCUGGAGUUGGAGAAGAGUGGAACCCUGUUGGAAAUAGGAACAUAUGAAGGUAACUAUUAUGGGACGCCAAAGCCACCGGUGCAGCCCCCCGGUGGGAAAGUGAUUAGCAGUAGUGGUAGCGGCGGUGAUGCCCCACUGCCAGACGGGCUCAGCGGUAGCCUGCCGGGCUCGCAGCACUCCACUCCCCGACGCACCAAGUCCUACAAUGACAUGCACAAUGCUGGAAUAGGGCCUGGAGAGCAGCAGCAGGAGGACGACGAGGACCUCCCUGACAUGAACAGUAGCUUUACAGGAGACUCAAGUGAAUUAGACGAGAUUCAUCACUCGGUGCGACCCUUUGCCCCCCGCCAGAGUGACCCGUCCUACGCUGGGACGACCCCCUCACCAACGGCCACCACGGAGAGCACACAGCAGACACACCCUCACCUGAGCCAUCCUCCCCCAGAGGACCCACUGGGACCUCUGCCGGAUAACUGGGAGAUGGCCUACACCGAGAAUGGAGAGGUCUACUUCAUAGACCACAAUACAAAGACCACGUCGUGGAUAGACCCUCGGUGCCUGGAUAAGCCUCAGAAACCCCUGGAGGAAUGUGAAGACGACGAAGGGGUACAUACAGAGGAGCUGGACAAUGAUUUAGAACUUCCGCCAGGAUGGGAAAAAAUAGACGAUCCAGUGUAUGGGGUCUACUAUGUUGAUCAUAUCAACAGGAAGACCCAGUAUGAGAAUCCAGUGCUGGAGGCUAAGAGGCGCAGGCAGCUGGAGCAACAGCAGCCUCAACAGCCUCAGCCCCAAAGCCAGCAGCCGCCCGAAGAAUGGAUUGAAGAUUCGACGUUGGCAGGGGCUCCGCUGGCUAGCUAUGCUGCCAACCACCAGGAGACCUACAGGGACCCUCAGACAGCCCCUACGGUGCCCAAUGCAAUGGGACAAAAACGAGGGAAGCCUUUCUUUACUCGGAACCGAUCUGAACUCAAGGGGACUUUCAUCAAUACCAAGCUGAAAAAGAGUCGCAGAGGGUUUGGUUUCACCGUUGUGGGAGGAGACGAGCCAGACGAGUUCCUGCAGAUAAAGAGUCUGGUUUUGGAUGGGCCUGCAGCACUGGACGGCAAGAUGGAGACAGGUGACGUGAUAGUGAGCGUCAACGACAUAUGCGUGUUAGGCUACACCCACGCCCAAGUCGUGAAGAUUUUCCAGUCUAUCCCAAUUGGCUCCAUGGUCAACCUGGAGCUGUGCCGUGGCUACCCACUGCCUUUUGACCCAGAUGACCCAAACACCAGCCUGGUUACCUCAGUGGCCAUUCUUGACAACAAAGAGCCCAUAAUCGUCAAUGGCCAGGAGGCCUCCAAUAGCUAUGACUCGCCGUCCAGCCACGGCAGUCAGAAUAACAACAACGGCUCAGCCAACGGCGCUGCACCGCUCAACGGCAUCCCCCGACCCCACAGCCCCUCGACAGAGGUGGCCUCCGACACCUCGUCACAGCACGGCUACAGCGAUGUGGUCACCCUGGCGUCUUCCAUCGCCACACAGCCGGAGCUCAUCACUGUACACAUGGAGAAAGGAGACAAGGGCUUCGGCUUCACCAUCGCCGACAGUCCUGGAGGUGGAGGGCAGAGAGUGAAGCAGAUCGUGGACUACCCUCGAUGCCGUGGUCUCAAGGAGGGUGACAUCAUUGUAGAAGUCAACAAGAGAAACGUGCAGACCAUGUCUCACAACCAGGUGGUUGAUCUGCUCAGCAAGUGUCCCAAAGGCAGUGAGGUCACCAUGUUGGUGCAACGAGGGGUGGCACCUGCAAAGAAGAGCCCCAAACUGGAUGAUUUUGCGCUGGCUCCUCCGUACAGAGAUUACACUAGGAGGCAGUUGUCAAGAAAGGACAGUCAGAACAGUUCGCAGCAUAGUGUCUCCAGCCACCGGAGCGCCCACACAGAUUCGCCUGUGCACUCGUCCCUGGCACCCCCCCUCAGCGAGAGCUCCGCCCCCCCGCCCCCCUCUCAGCCCCUACCAGGCCUGCCGCCCCAGGACUCCCCAGCAGACGGGACCAUCCAGAGAAAACCGGACCCCUUUAAAAUCUGGGCCCAGUCCAGGAGCAUGUAUGAAAGUAGGCUUCCAGACUUCCAGGAGCAGGACAUCUUCCUGUGGAGGAAGGACACAGGGUUCGGUUUCAGGAUCCUUGGAGGCAAUGAGCCAGGAGAGCCAAUUUACAUCGGCCACAUAGUUAAAUACGGAGCGGCAGACGAGGACGGACGCCUGCGCUCUGGUGAUGAACUGAUAUGCGUAGAUGGCACGGCGGUGGUGGGAAAAUCACACCAACUGGUGGUGCAACUGAUGCAGCAGGCGGCCAAGCAGGGCCACGUCAACCUCACUGUACGACGCAAAACCAGCUACGCAGUUAAAGCAGAGGGAGAUGUGCCUCCAUCACCUGCAUCCUCCCAUCACAGCAGCACCCAAGCGCCCAGCCUGACAGAGGAGAUCGGGAAGCGAACUCCGCAGGGCAGCCAGAACUCCCUCAACACCGUCAGCUCUGGCAGCGGCUCCACCUCCGGCAUCGGCAGCGGUGGAGGGGGCGGAGGCACGGGUGGUAGCGCCAACACUGUGGUUCCUGUAGCAGCUGUCACCACCUCCUCUCAACCCCCCAACCCCGCCGCCGCUGCCCCAUCCUCGACCUUACAACCCUACGACGUGGAAAUCCGCCGUGGCGAGAAUGAGGGAUUCGGGUUCGUCAUCGUUUCAUCGGUGUCGCGGCCUGAAGCUGGCACCACCUUCGCUGGAAAUGCAUGUGUGGCCAUGCCCCACAAAAUAGGGCGUAUCAUCGAGGGGAGCCCGGCGGAUCGAUGCGGGAAACUGAAAGUCGGAGAUCGCAUCCUGGCUGUUAACAGCUGUUCCAUCACCAACAAGUCCCACUCAGACAUCGUCAAUCUCAUCAAGGAGGCCGGGAACACCGUCACGCUACGCAUCAUUCCUGGAGACGAGUCUUCAAAUGCGUCUUUGUUGACUAAUGCAGAGAAGAUUGCAACUAUAACCACCACUCACACACCUCAGCAACAGGCAGCACCUGAGGCCAGGAACAACAAACCAAAACAGGAAUCGUUCGAGUUCAGCCCACAAGCUCCUCCUCCGCAGCCUCCGACACAAGUCUCAGCUCAGGAUGCUGAGUUCUACUCUGUGGACCUGGAGCGAGACAACAAAGGCUUUGGCUUCAGCCUGAGGGGAGGGAGAGAAUACAACAUGGACCUGUACGUGCUGAGGCUAGCCGAGGAGGGAGCAGCCGUUCGCAAUGGAAAGAUGAGGGUCGGCGAUGAGAUCUUGGAGAUCAACGGCGAGAGCACCAAGGGCAUGAAGCACGCGCGAGCCAUCGAGCUCAUCAAGAGUGGAGGCCGACGCGUCCAUCUGGUGCUCAAGAGGGGUGACGGCUCGGUGCCUGAAUAUGGUGGGUCAAUCUACGAAAACAUUCCCUUCUCCCCCAUCUUCACGCCCUGAGCUGCUAAGACGCCCAGUGGACGGUGGUGGGUCAAGGGGGAAUACGGGGCAAAGAACUAAAUUACCCUCCCGGGACCCUUCACCCAUCCCUGGGGGAAGCUCACCAGGGAGGGAAGGGGUUCAGUCUUGGGUGUCUUUCUGGUGGAGGUCACUUCCGAGCUUUGGAUUUUAGUGGAGCAGGGGUUGAGGUUGCUCCUUUGGGUGCUGUCGGGCCUCUUCUGCUCUCACCUGCUCUCAGAUUCUUUGUCAUCCCGCUGUCACUUUUCACCUUCUGGCCACUGAGCAAAAGCACUCUGCUGGGACUUUUACACAGACGUGGUGGGUGGAAUUUCAGUGCUACAUAAAACCAGAAACUGUUUACAGGGUUUGAUGAACAGAGUAGUGAAAAAGUCAGUGUUUCUUGUGGAUAAGAAGUAUUGUUAAUGGCUCUAAUUUAGUAUUAAACAAAGAAAAAAACUUGAUCCAGUGCGUCCCGUGAUAAAAUGGACUUACUUUUGAAAAUAUGAGCAUCUCGCAACUUUGGUUAAGACAUGUCACAAACAUAUUUAUGAUAUUUAUUGAAGGUGAAUGUAAGCUACUGAACUGUAAGGGUUUUAAGUGAGAACUGAACUGAGAAGAAAAGGCAGUCUUAUGCUUUUUUUUUUUUUUUUUUUUUUUUUGGUAUUUCUGAGAAAAUCUCACUAUACUGUGCUUGACAUUACUCACUAAUCCAUGGAUUUAUUUGCACCCACUGUUAAUGUCAAUGAAAAGCUGUGACCAUAGGAACUCCACCCAUCCCAAUACGAAAACAAAUGAAUCGCUCCAAUUAUAUAGACAUUUUGUACAGUGAUUUAAAAAAAGAGGCAUUUUUACAAGUAUUUUUGUUCUGUGUACAGAGCCAUGAAUCGAAGCCACAUAUUAAUGGAUAAAAGUCUAUUGCUGCAUGACAUGUCAAAAUGUAAAUUGGAUUUUUUUUUUUCUUUUUACUGUCUAUUUUCCAUAAUAUUUAUGGAACAUUUCUCUUUAUUUUUUAAUUGUAUUGACCAGUUUUACUCAAUAGUCACGAGUCAUCAUAUGUUUUUUUGUUUAUUUUUGUUACUGUUUUUUUUUGAGUGGAGAUACAUUUGCCUGUCUUGAGAAGCUCAUCAGUGUAAUUUUAUUUGCGCUAAGAAUGUGCUGUCUUAACCUGCACCGAUAUGACAUCAUGUGAACUUGUAUAUUUUGAUCAUUGUUUGUAUUUUUUUUAGUUGGCAUGACAUUUGACAGUCUUGCCGGUUUUUCUUUUGCUUUCUGUCAGCAAUGUAAAACUGCUUCAUAAGCCGUGGUUGUGGGUGUAUGAGUCUCACUGUCUUAUUUUUUGGGUUUGGAUUUCUGCUGCUUUUGUGUUCACAUGUAGACGUGUGUAUGUGUGUGUGUAUGCGUGAGUGUGUAUGUGUGUGUGUGUGUGUGUGUGUGAUUCCAGGUCUUUUCUCUGUAACUGAUGGUUUCCACUGAAGGGUUGGGGCAAUUUCCUGGACUGUCUCCUUAUUCUGAAUGACUCAAUGAUCAAAUAAACACUUUUUUUUCAUUGAAAAAUCAACACCGACAA